AUGUCCACGCCACUGGAGGAUGCGAUGGACACUUUAAUCAAGAUUUUCCAUCACUAUGCUGGCAAAGAAGGAGACAGAUACAAGCUUAGUAAAGAAGAGCUCAAGGAGCUCCUCACCAGUGAGCUCACUGACUUCCUUUCAGGCCAAAAGGAUCCCCUUCUGAUUGAUAAGAUUAUGAAAGAUCUGGACUCCAAUGAGGACAAUGAAGUGGAUUUUAACGAAUUUGUCACUCUGGUUGCUGCUUUGACUGUGGCAUGUAAUGAUUUCUUUGAAGAACGGCUAAAGAAAGAGGGCUUUUAA